AUGGCAAGAGACGAGGAAACUCGGAAGACGGCUGCAAUCCACCAUGCCAACGUCUCUGGUAUUGGGCACGCCUGGAUUAGAUUCAUGGCUUUUGUCGGAUGGUAUCCGAAAGAUAUGCCAUGUGAGGAGAGGCGACUGAUCUUGAAACUCGACCUGAGUAUUUUGAUUUUUGGCUGCCUGUCUUUUUUUACCAAAUAUCUUGACCAGCAGUCAAUUACCAAUGCAUACGUCAGCGGCAUGAAAGAAGAAUUAGGGCUGUACGGCGACCAGUUGAACUACAUCACCGCAACCUUUUGGGCGUCUUACUGCAUCUUCAUGAUUCCGGCUUGCUAUUUCUUAACACAUUAUCCCGCUAACCGAGUCCUCCCGGCUCUGGAGAUUGGAUGGGGGCUUUCUACCUUUGUCCUAGCUUGGGCUAGGAAUGUCGAGACGGUGUAUGCGAUGCGCUUCUUCACUGGCCUAUUCGAGUGCUGCUCCUUCACCGGAACGAUUUACAUCAUUGGAUCCUGGUAUAAGCCAGGGGAGAUCGGCCGUCGUGUUGCUCUCUUUUUCAUUGCGAGCCCCCUUGGAACUAUGUUUGCCGGAUAUCUCCAAGCCGCAGCUUAUACAAAUUUGAAUCAAGUGCAUGGGUUGGCGGGUUGGAGUGGUUUCGUCGUCUUUCCCGAUGUGCCGUCUAGGAAGAAGCCACGAUUUAUCACGGAAGGGGAGUGCGUCCUUGCGCGUAAACGACUCCAUGGGCUUGUCGCACCGCCGCAAUUACAAUUAUCCCUCGACAUAUUUAGACGUGUGUUUUCUCGUUGGCAUUGGUACCUCUUUGUUCUUCAAUGGACAUUGAUGGAUCAAAACUUCUUACCUGGUAGCACGCCAUUCUCACUCUAUUUAAAGGCGAAGAGCAAUAUAUACUCGGUUGUCCAAGUCAACACGAUACCUACCAUAGUCACGGCAGUGAGUAUUGUAGUCGCCUUGUUCUGUGGUGUUAUUGCAGACAGAACGGGUCGAUUUUGGACUCCAGCCGUUGUCGUGACUUUCCCCGUUCUUGUGGGCAUGAUACUGCUCGUAGCUUGGGAUGUUGGCGAGAGCGGUCGUCUAGCUGGGUUCAUCCUGACUGGAUUUGAAGCUGCCUGCUCGCCAUUGACGAUGGGCUGGGCAUCGGUGGUAAUAGCAAGAGAUGCGGAAGAGCGAGCGGUGGUGACUGCGAGUAUGAAUGCCAUCGGCCAAGCAAUCACAGCGGGCACACAAAUUGUCCAGUUUCCAGCUAGUCAUGCUCCCAAUUUCCGUGGUGGAUUUGUUAGUGUUCUUGUAACGACUAUAGGACAGUUAGGCACGAUCCUUGCUAUCGUAUUUUUGAGCCAUAGGGACCGUCAAAGAGAGGGCCAAGCUCAAGCCACACAAAACAAGCCACUUUUGGGCUGUGUUACUUAG